AUGACUUUACUCCGGCUUCUCUUUUACCCCGAAGUCAUCUUUAUAAGGAAACUGGUUGCCCGAGUUGAGUCUCAAAAUAUUGACGCUGGAUCCGAAUUCCUUCUUUUGAUCACCUCAUUGCUCCUGGCCUCACUUCAAGCGAGCAAAACGACCUUUGGGGAGGCCAAAAUGGUGUCAGACUUCAUUGCAGAGCGAAUGCUAGACGUCGCCGAUUCUGAAGGUCUGGCAGACGCCGCCUUGCCUUUAGCGCGUUGCUAUGACUUGCUGGAGGAGCUACGCACCGAAUGCAAUCAGCACUGCCAUGACAACGCCCCCAAUGUCAAUGCCUGCCUUCAGAACUGCUGGGGCGGAUGGAAGUAUGGACGUCUGACGUGUCGACUGCGCUACAGCUGA